UAUGGUGGAAGAGCGCCUCAGGUGUUGUAAUGGUGUCCAGUUCGCCCCUCUGUGAAUCAGUGUUGAUCACAAAUGGUGGCGCCGAGUUUCGAGAACACUUCAACUCCUACAGGCCACCAACCGGUGGUUUAAAGGAGUAAAUUGUAUAUUCUUGUAGCAUAACAGGCGUUAAAGGGUACGGAAACGGGAGUUGAAAUCACCGCAGGCACGGAAAGAGUGUUGACGGGGCAGCCGCGUUAUUCCCCCGAGACUUUGGCCAAACUUCCUCGAUGCGGUUGAGUCCGUCGGGUUCGAUGUGACCGCGGGAAUCGAUGAUGGCCCCCGCCAGCACCGCGCGACACGACCCGCGGGCAUACGUCCAGGUCAAGCCGCUCCCGAUCCCCACGCAGAAGGGACUGAAACUCCAGGCCCGCUCCGAAACCGUCUACAACCCGACAACUCCGACGCGUGAGGAGGUCUUCCGAGAGAACUAUGGUAGGAGGCUGAGACAGACUACGAGACAAGGGUACCGCUCGCGUAUCGAUAAACCAUACCAGGAGCUUGGAGGGCCCGUCCACUUGGAUGAGAGGAAAUUGAUACUAUCAGCUUUGGGUCAGCUGAAAGAGCAAGAGGCUGUUGACCGAGCAUUGGCAGACAAGAGGAGGGAGGAAGAGGAGGAGAGGGAACAGCAGCUGGUGAAGGAUGCAGAGGAACAACUGCAACAGCAGCAGAGAAGGACUGCUGCCCAGUUUGUGCUGAGGAAACAGAAAAAGGAGCUGAACACACUCAACAGUCAGUUCAAGAAACAGAGGUCUCUAAUCCAGUCCGUCCGGCUGGGAAAAGGCCUGUUCUGGUUGAUGAACGAUGAGGAGGCGGCUCAUGAAGACGCCCAGGCGGAGCAAAGCCGCAGGCAGGAGAUGGAGAAACUAUCGUCAUGGCAACCGCCUGCAGCCGGAUCCUCGGAUGAUGAUGAUGAGUCUGAUGACGACUUGUCAAAGGAUGAGGACUUGGGAAAGUUUUUCCAAACAGAAGUUCCCGAGGGGAGUAGUGCGAGGACAAAAAGUGCUGCUACCAGCCAUGCAGGAACAAUAGACCUGGCUGCCCAGUCCGAGUUUGCGCCCUCCGUUCGCACACGUUCUGCCGUCAGCACCAAGAAGAAGAAGGGACCGCACAGCGCCCCUCCCCGACCCUUCACCCCCUGUUAUUCCAACAUUAACGCUGCCCAACCGGCAACACCAAAUGAACUGGAGAGUUUUUUCCGUCAGCUGUGUGCGCUGAACUGGCUGCUGGAGUCCAUGUCGCUGGAGGGACCGAGUGUCAUGAUGCCCAUUUCCUCAUGCUGGGACCUCAAGGAACCCGGAGGAGGGAAGACAACCCAACAGAAACUUAAGAAGGAGAAAAUGACAGAGACAAAGUGGGCCCAGUUCAUCACUCAGCCCAGAAUAGACAGGCAAAACAGGCUGAGUCUCCGCCUAGCCGCGGGGGGUCGGCGCCCCUCCAGCGGACGGAAAGUCUCCAUCGCUCGCUCGCCGAGCGUCAGCAGCCGUCCGGGCAGCCACAGUUCCGGGCGGGUCUCGCCGGCACCCCCCUCCCCCUCCCCUAGUCCUGUACCCCCCACCCCUCCCACGCCGACCGUGACGACCAGCCCGGUAACGGCGCCGGAUAUCGUGGUUAGCGAGGACGUACCUGAGGCAGAAGUGGAUGAGGUGUACGAUAAAGCCCAGAGGAGAACAUCUACCAAUAGAAGGACCAGUAGAAAGUACAGUAGGGCAAAAAGGGACAGCAGUAAGUGCGAGGAACAACUCAGCAGCACACUAGCCCUUCUGAAGUUCCUGUCAGACAUCAGUGCAGACCUACAGAAGGAAGCGGAGGAAGGACUGGCCCAAGAUGGCGACCUGAGACCCGGCAGUGCGGAACGUGAGACGCCCACCAUCACCAUCAACACUCCAAGGGCCGUGGACAGAGCGUUGUCGAUGCAGACGGUGGGGAGGGGGGCGCGAGCGAUGAUGGCACUCAGGAAACAGUCUCGUGCUUACGGCAUGCCGGGCUCCACUCGAAACCAAUCCCCUACAGACGAGGUCCGGUCGCAGCUGGCUGACUACAGGCUCCGGGGAACCCCCUCCACAUCCUCCAGCAAGAGCAUGCCUGCCAGACCGCUUAGGUACAUCUACAUUUCAUUGAAUGUGUGUAUUUCCAGCUCUCCUGCGUAUUUUGCGCUGUACAUGGACUUCCCGAGCGUGAGACAGCAAGGCCUACCAUUGGAGAUGAGACAGAGGUUUGCCGACGUCUCCGCUGAGAAGGCUCUCACGCUACACGAUAACCUGGAAGCUCUGGACAGGAAAAGAAAACAGAAGUGUGAGACCAAGUUCCGCACCCUGGGCCACCCCACCAGUUUCUUCCGAGCGGUGGACAAGAUGAAGACAGCUGUUCAGGAGGAGGAGAGAAGAGAGCAGGAAGAGUACGAAACUCUGCGGAAACAGAAGGUCCACGCUCCCUGGUAUAAGGACCUACAAGAGAACCUGCCACCAAACAUCAGGGACGACAGAUUCUGCCUCAACAUCCUGGAGAAAAUCUCCAGAUACGGCAUUGUGCAGCUAGACGGCAUCAGCAGACGGUACAGCCCUCACCAGUUCCUGAAGGUUCUCUCCACUCUCCGGCCCUGGGAGCUGUGUGCACCUGACAUCAGCUCUGCUAUAGAGUUUGUUCGAGAGAAGAUUAUUGAGAUGCCCACAGAGGAUUACGAAGAGUGGCUUGAGACCAGACUGCAGACCAGGGCCAAAAGUGCUCCCCCUGGAGGAAAACGGUAGUACUGCAGGACAUUUUCCAGCCACGGUGACAUCAUUGGAAAAUUUGCCAAGCCACAAAAAUACUAAGAGAGUCCAGCCCAGCAGUGAAUGGAGGAUAGAAUUUCCAUUUUCUUACUUUUCUAUGCAGUUAGUUAAGUUAAAAAUCCUUUCUUCAUCUUUCAGUGUAUAGGGGCAGUGCCCAUCUCCGUUUCUAAAGCUCUUGGGCCGCACAGACCACUAUAGUAGGGAUUAGUACACUGUGUGAUGAGAAAUUAUUACUCUAUAGAGUCUAUAGGAAGUUCAUGUUGUGAAGUUUAACGUUACAUCAAGGAAAACCAUAAUAAGAAGCACAAUGUGACCACUAACUUAUGUGGAAUGCAGUAAUGCUAUGUACUGUGAACUGAAGGCACAAUCUGACCACUGACUUAUACUGAAUGCAGUAACACUGUGGACUAAAUAUGUAGUGAUAGAACAUUAGCAAACACCUUUAUACAAAAACAAACAUCUUAAGUUUAUGUAUGCUGCUAAAGGAAAGACAGUUAAGAAACAGUCAUUUCUCAAGGAACUAUUUGAAUGGCUGAAAGUGAUAUUUAUAGAUUACCGAGCAACUUAUGGUUUUUGUUGUUUUCUAAAAAAAUGCAGUUUUUUAAUAAUUAUUUUUAUUGGUGCCAGUGCCACCAUAAAGGGCUACCUCUUUGCAGGUCACUAUGCAAACUACAUGUAACGCUAGUUCACCUUUAUCCGCGGGGUAGCCUAUAUACGAUGUCUUUAAAAACAGCGUAUUCAAAGAUAUCAAGUCAACGGACGGUGGUUUCAAAUUGUGGUGUUUUGAUAAUGUCGUGAUUAGAAACCACUAUCCGUCGACUUGAUAGCCAUGAAUACUAUGUUUCUAACAACAACGGAUAUAGGUUACCCCGCGGAUAAAGGUGAACUAGUGUUAAAGGACUAUGUAAAGAAAUGUGGGAAAUGGAUUUCGUAUAAAAGAUUAUGCAUAUUUUGAUUGUUACUCUAUUAAAAUUCAGUUUUGUCCAUCAAUUAGUAAGUAGAUAUAAUACAACUUGUCUUUGGAAGGGUUUCCAAUGUUUGUAUGUUGUCUCCAAUAUUGUAGAUAUUACUGUCGCUGCAGGAAAUGUUGUCAUUUUGUACAUAUUUGAAUCUUCAUGCUGCAAAGAGUUUUUAUUGUACUUGUGAAAAUAAAUACAUUUGUAUUGUA